AACAAAUGCUUAGCGGUCCAUUGGUUUAUCCCUUCAUUUACUUGCAGCGUUUGUAUAUUUAUUGCAACAAUGAGCCAUUUGCGAUCUUCACCGUAAAUUUAUUUUUUUUUCAGCACAUAUGUGUGUUAUCGUAGAUCCUGGAUGAUAUCUUACGACGUGACUGACAUUAAAGCAAUAAUAAGCGACUCCUGCGCGCACAUUUGUACAACAAAUUAGUCAUUGCUUCGCGGACAAAAUUGACUCUUUAUAGAUACAUAUGAUAACAUCAAAGGCCAUUGGGCGGGGCUCGUUUGCGCACGUUCAUUCGCGGCACCCACGUUCUUCAUAACAAUUCCUCUUGAGCUCAAGUGCGAUCCUUCGACCAUUGACAAAGGUGAACCACCGACUAGCGGACUGCAGGGAAACAAGCGAGAGAAAACAGUGAAUCGUGUUGGUGUCCGGUCUGACGAAAUUAUCAGCCACUUACGCAGAGAUAUCUGGAAAUAGAUAUAACACGUGUAAUAUUUACUCCAUGUUAAUCCUGUGCAAAUAUCAAGAAAGAAAAGAAGCAAGUAUGACUAAUACUGGAGUCAAUACAUACGUACGUUCGAGCAGCUGAAAAUUAAAGGAGAAGGUAUUUCGUUCAAGUAAAUGGCAAUCGGAGAAUAUCGGAUAAAGGAAAAGAUCUGACGAGAUGAAGCUAUUUGCGAGGCCUAAGCACUUCUCCGAGGCGACAGCAAUGUUGACAACUCUGAGCUGUUUAUUGGGACUUCGCGUUUUUGAUUAUCCACGCGGUCGUUCAAGACCUAUACUCAGCCUGAUCUAUCUCUUGUUUCUUUACAUCCUAUGUUGUAAUGGCACGUUGCGCAUACAAGAAGAAUACUAUGCAAACCUUAAGCUGAUGAAGUUGGAAUACGUUCUGUACAAAUUAAUGAUGUAUCUCUUUAUUGUGUCAGUGAUAAUAAAGAUGUUACUAGGCUGGUGGUAUACAAAGAAAUUCAAAGUCUGUCACAAAAAGAUCUUCGAGAUCGAUGAAACGCUGCGACAGUUAGGAUUGAGGGUGAAUUAUGAAAGAAUAUAUUUCGCGACGAUCGGAAUCCUCACUGCCUGGAUUACAUUUACUCUUACUGUAUGCACAGUGAUUUUCAUUCACUUGCAAAUAAACACGGACAUAUUCACUGCAGUUUACCUAGUAUUGGAGUUUACGUAUUCGGUCACUGUCAAUUCCAUUAGUGUCUUCGAAUUCAACAUGUUUGCAAGAUAUUUAAAAAUGAAAUUUGAGCUGGUCAACCAACUUUUGCGUGAGAGCUUAACAGAUCCAUCGAUAAAAGAGAUAAAAUUGGGCAUUUUUGAAAUGAAAGAUUUUUGCAAAAUUAUAACUGCCGAGCAACAAAAGCAAGUUCUUUCCACAAGGAUGAUACUUCGAAGGCGCCAACGGAAGCAAUCUCGAAGAAAUGUCUCUGUGUCAGACAAACAAGAUCCGGGCAUAUCUCACGUUGAAUCUCACUUUCCGUCCCAGGUCAAAGAACAAUUGCCAAGCGUACCCCAGAAUCCAUCCGGAAGAUACAGUUUCGCGGCAAAAUGUCAGAGACGUAAACAUCUAUUACAAGUAAUCAAACAGGUGCACCUGGAGCUGUGUAAAGUAACAAAAAUAGUAUGCACUAUUCUCGGAGUACAGAUAGCUUGGGAGAUAGGAGUAAUUAUUAUAUUUCUCACCGGAGCUGUUUAUAAUUUUUACGUUCGAUAUGUUAUCAACCAACACAGAAGUUUGGUCGGAGAAACAUUUGUGUUGCUGACACUGUGUCUUAUUCACAUUAUAAAAGUCAUUUCCUUGAUUUACGUCAGCAGGAUUGCAGCCGAAGAGGGAAACAGAACCAUCGAAAUCAUACGUGCGAUUUAUGAUCGCGACACAGACGCUGACAUGCAGGAAGAGAUACAACAGUUUGGCCUGCAAAUUUUGCAAAGUCCAGUAACAUUCUCAGUGUAUGGUCUUACUCUGGACAAUCGUGUCUUAAGCAUGGUUUUGAAAACUGUAACGAUCUACAUGGUUAUUAUGGCGCAAGUGAGCAAUACGCUGGAAUCAAACAAUGCCAUAAAAUCUGCACAGUUUAAGGAAUUGUAGAUAUUAAUAAAUAAUUCAUUUAUUUCAAUGGCGCUGUCCAGAUCGAGUUUCAUUCUCUGAAUAUCCUCAU